GAGAGUGGCGAAACAAUUCGUUCAUUCAAAGUCGUGAGUAGAAAACUUAAAACUAAGAAUGAUGUCAUUAAGAAUUGUGGCAAUUUUAUUAUUUGGUGUCGUGAGUGUGUGUUCAACAAAGUUUGAUCAAGUGGAUCAAGAAAUAAGCACGAGCCAUCAUGUUUCAAUGUUUCUAGACAUUAUGGAGAAAGGCUUAAUUUACUCAUUAAGAAACUUCACUCAAACGGGAUAUCGUUCUGAUUUCUUCAAGAAUUUUAUUGAAACAAUUCCAGAAGAUCCAGAAGUGAUCUUAGCCAAAUUGGAAGAAAAUCCUGAAAAAUUUGUUCUUACGUGUACUGCCUGUCGCGUCUACGUCGCUUCUCUUCUUUCUGAUCGUCGUAACAACAAUGCAUCGCCUGAAGAACUUGCUGAUUCCGCAUUUGGAAUGUGUCGAAUUGUCACAGAUUUCUCCGAUGAAGUUUGUCGUGGCGUCAUCGACUUAAAUGUCGAGCCAAUGAUAUUUGUCGUUGAUUCCCGCCCAUCAUUGACAGCAACGCAAAUGUGUGGACUUGUUUUGCAAGGUGAUUGCGGUGCCCUCGAUCCAAUGUUUUCUUUCACAGUCAGUGUAAGUGCGGGUCCAGUAAUUAAUCAACCAAAAAGUGUCAGCACUCCAAGAGGUCCAAACGACUUAGUAAUCAUUCACGUCACUGACAUGCAUUACGAUGAAAACUAUCGUGAAGGGAACAACGCAAAUUGUAUCAAUCCAAUAUGUUGUCGUGUUCGUGAUGGAAUUCCAAGUAAUCCAAGUGAUGGUGGAGGCUUUUGGGGAGAUUACAGACACUGUGGAACACCUUGGAGGUCAGUUGAAAAUACUCUUCGUCGUAUAAGAAGUGCACAUCCACGUAUUGAUCUCGUUUACCACACUGGUGACAUGCGCGAUCAUGGAGUUUGGGAAACAUCAGUUGCUGCUACACAAAGAAUCACAGGUCGACUUUAUGACCUGUUCAGAGAAGUAUUUGGAAACAUUCCAGUUAUUCAUUCACUUGGAAAUCAUGAAGCCCAACCGGUUAAUCAAUUUGCACCUUCGACUGUCACUCGUCCAAGCUUAUCAGCAAGUUGGCUUUAUAAUUUCUCAGCUGAUACAUGGCUUCGACAUGGAUGGAUAAAUGCUGCAGCAGCUAGCACGAUUAGAUUUGGAGGCUACUACACGUUGUUAAUUCGUACGGGCUUCCGAGUAAUUGUAUUAAAUAAUAAUGAUUGUUACAAAUACAACUGGUGGGUGAUGUACAGUCGAAGUGAAAUUCAAGGUCAACUUCAGUGGCUUCACAAUACACUUUUGGCAGCUGAAGCAAGCAAUGAAAGGGUUCAUCUUCUCAUGCAUAUUCCAUCUGGUGGAAGCAGCUGCUUCAGACCUUGGUCGAUUCAAUUCCGUCGUAUUGUUGAUCGUUUUCAUAUGAUAAUUGGUGGUCAAUUCGUUGGACAUUCGCAUCGUGAUGAGUUUGAAGUUUUCUACGAUAGUGCUUCAGCUCAACAUGCAAUUAAUGUUGCGUGGAAUGGUGGAUCAACAACAGCGUAUAACAAUAUAAACCCUAAUUAUAAUCUUUACUUUGUUGAUCCAAUACAUUACCAAGUGAACGACAAAGAGUCGUACAUUUUCUCGAUUUCUGAAGCUAAUCGAACACCAAGUCAAUCACCACGUUGGUUCUUACAUUAUAAUUUCCGAACAGCUUUUGGUCUUAGUGAUUUCUCGCCAGCAUCGUUAGAUCGGUUAGCAUUCGAUUUAUCGAGAAAUCGAAACUUGUCAAGAAAUUACUGGGUGUUUAGAAAUAAAGCUGGUGAUCCCAUCAUGCAGCGUGGAUGUGAUGACAAUUGUUUAAGAAGUCAGGUGUGUCGAAUUGUUACAAACGAGUUUCAAGAGCUUCGACGAUGCAACCAAGUUUUGGCUGUUUUUGGAACAGUUGCCUAACAAAAUCUUUUUCAUUUAUUGAAUGAAACCAAAAUGUGCAUGAAAUAAAGCAGAAGUUUCAGAUUCAAGAAUUUAAUGAAGCAA